UUGUGUGUUAAUUGCUUUACUGUAAAUUUGUCACAGAAUAAAGUCGAUUGAAAUUGUUUAGAAAUCGAAAAUUUCGAUAACUGCUGAUCGCAAUAUGGACAGGAAAGAGAUUCUAUUUGAUGGUUAUUUUUACGAUGUAACUGAUUUUGUUAAGAGGCAUCCAGGAGGAAGUAUCAUCGAAUAUUAUACUAAAUCCGGUGAAGAUUCAACCCAUGCCAUACAGCAAUUUCAUCAUCGAUCUACAGGACGAGUAAGAUCUAUCAUGAGCUCCAUGAAAAAGCGACCGGCUCCAGAUGGUGAAAUUCAAUUAGAUGUAGCAGUGCUAAAAAAGAACCGUGCUCUAUCGGAAGAUUUCACGAAACUGUACUUACAACUUGAAAAGGAAGGUUACUUCAAGCCAUCUUACGUUCACAACAUUUUACGAAUGGCAGAACUAUUUCUGAUGACGGCUGUUGGAUAUGUUUUACUUCAGUCUCAUCACAUGCCAGUUAGAUUCGUCGGAAUAUUUUUACUCGGACUCAUGCAAGGACGAAGUGGAUGGAUACAACAUGAAAGUGGCCAUCAUUCCUUUAGUGGAAAUCCAAAAUUUGACCGGUUCUUCCAUGCUAUCAUUUUUGGAAUUGGAUUAGGUCUAUCUUCGACUUGGUGGACUCGUGGCCACAACCGUCAUCAUGCCAUGCCGCAAAGAUUACACUACGAUGUCGACUUGGAAACAAUGCCUCUUUUAGCUUACAACUCAAAAGUAGUUAAAAAUCCGAAAGCUGGCAAAGGAUUCAUGGUUCAGAACCAGGUUUUGCUGUUUGCGUUGAUGGAUACAUGCAUCGGAACGUUAUUAUGGAAGCUAUAUUUACAUCCAAGAUUCGUUCUGAGACACAAAUACUAUCUGCAAAUGGGCUCAAUGAUGGCACAUUAUGUGCUUGCGUAUCAAAUUGGUUUCUGGCCCUGGUUAGCUUCGACUUGGGUUAUGUCAGUCUACUUAUUCGUUAACUUCGCGCUGAAUCACACCUUUUUACCGGUAACAACAGAACCAACUCACUGGGUAGAAUACUCAUUGAUUCACACUGCCGACGUUGAACAGAGACCGUGGUGUGACUGGUGGAUGGGUUAUCUCAACUAUCAAAUCGAACAUCAUCUUUUCCCGACGAUGCCUCAAUUUCGUCAUCCACUAAUUAAAGAUCGUGUGAAAGCUCUGGCUGACAAGCAUAACAUUCCAUAUGUGGUUCAUUCUUAUUCGGAAGCCUUGCAGAAAACUUUCAAAAAUCUAUCCGAUGUUGCCAAAGAAUUGAAACAUUUAUAGUUUCGGCAUUGAAUUGUUUAUUGUGCUGAAUUUAAGAAAUUGUAAUUUCAUUAAAUGGAUCGAUGAUUCGUA